AUGUAUGAGUGUAAAAAGUAUCUCGCUUCUGGUAAUACAUUUACGGAUUUACAUUAUACAUAUAGAAUGGGAAUUUCUACUAUCAGUGGAAUAGUGGAGCAAGUCUGUGAUAGCAUCUGGAAUUUAAAAGUUGAAUGUAUGCCUACCUUAACAGAAGAAAAGUGGAUAACAAUUGCAUCUGAAUUUGGAAAUAUCACAAAUUUCCCAAAUUGUAUCGGAGCUUUAGAUGGUAAGCACGUAAGAGUUAUAAAACCUAUGCAAAGUGGUUCGUUAUUUUAUAACUACAAACAUUAUUAUUCGAUUGUUUUAAUGGCAAUUUGUGACGCCAAUUACUGUUUCACGUACGUUGAUAUUGGAGCUCAAGGUAAAUAUGGCGAUUCUAGUGUUUUUAGACAUGGUAUGUUUUACAAGAAGCUUGAAAAUGAUUCGAUUCCAAAUCAAAGACCACUACCUGGAGAUAACACAAAUCAAUCAUUGCCAUUUGUAAUUGUUGCUGAUGAAGUUUUGGUGUAUCUCGAUCUAUUUAAAGACCGUACGCCAGGAGUAAUCUUAACUACAAAAAGAAAAUAUUUAACUAUCGAUUAUCAAGAGCGCGACGAUACAUCGAGUCAACAUUUGGGAUUUUAUCCAACAAGUGGAGAAUUUUACAUAGGCCGUUGA